AUGUUCACAGCCGCUACUACAAGCAGCAGCACAGGAACAACAUCGACUGCAGAGCCUAGCACGUCGGCAUCUGAAGCGACGACCUUGGCUGCAGAAACGACGGUUAAUGCAACGAAUAAUUUUCCCUAUGGCAAUGUUACAGCCAUUCCUUACACCAGCACAAGCAAUACGGUACCAACCACUACUGGCGUAACUAACAACACCACAGCACUUAGUGUUCCUGGCGUCAACAACAGCACCACGGCAUUAAUCACUCCUGGCGUAACUAACAGUAACAGCACAACAGUACCAACCACUCCUGACGUCACUAGCAGUAACAGCACAACAGUACCAACCACUCCUGACGUCACUAGCAGUAACAGCACAACAGUACCAACCACUCCUGACGUCACUAGCAGUAAUAACAGCACAACAGUACAAACCACUCCUGACGUCACUAGCAGUAACAGCACAACAGUACCAACCACUCCUGACGCCACUAACCCCACCACAUCAACCACUCCCAAUGUCACAUCUGACGCUACAACUGAACCUCUUACAUCCGACUCCACCACCACCAUCGAUACGACACCUUCCGAAACCACCACUGAACCCUCAACUGUUGAAACAAGCAGAUCCCCUGCUGUACUGACAACUGAAUUUACAACUGCACCAGAGACCACCACCAUACCAACGACAAUUCCCGAAACAACACUUCCAGAAAUCCCGAGCACUUUAAUGACGACGGCAACCACCGAAUCCUCCUCCAUACCACCAACUCCCGAAACCACCACUUUACCAACCACAACUCCGGCAACGGCCCCCAUAUUAACAACACCCGAAACCACCAUUUCACCAACCACAACUCCGGCAACGGCCCCCAUAUUAACAACUCCCGAACCAACCACCACUAUUACGACAAUUCCUGAGACCACAGCAGCAGCAGGUGCUAUCACCACGCCUUGGAGCCCAACAACCAUAGAUAAAACGACGACAGAAACCACCGAGAUAACGACCUUUGCCGGAGAAACCACAAUGCUUCCGUCAACUGUGCCCUAUCCCGAACAAACCUGCCCUCCGGACAAUAGCAUCAGAAAUGUUACACUGUGGCCAGUAUGCAUGAGUCGAUACUUUCGAUUCAACGCCACGGAAAACAUUGAGAGUCAACUGGUCGGUCGUAUCGAGGGUUCUACACCUCCUGGUGUACAAUUGAUAACCAGUAAUUUCACAAUAAGUGAUGACAAUGACGCCUCUGUCUUCUUCAUGCUGACGAACUGUUCAACCUCUUCCUGUGACAUUGUUACAGCCCAGCGCCCAGAUCGCGAAUCCAAAGCGACUUUCUUUUUUGAAGUACUCUGGCUCAGGGAGGUUUAUUUCAUCGGCACACGCGUCACCGUCCAAGAUUGCUCUAGCAUCCCAGUCGAAAUAAACAUUAAUGACCUUAAUGACAACUCGCCUAGCUUUAACCAUGCCGUAAUUGCUCCAUACGUGCUGGACCAGUCACCGGUAGGUUCCAUCGUGGCAGUGCUGAGUGCCAGCGAUGCAGAUACAGGACCGAACGCUGUUGUCACAUACAGCAUUACCCCGCGUACCUAUGCAGACUAUUUCGCAGUAGACAGUGAUGGUGUUGUGACUGCCAGGCUUCCAGUGGGGCAGGAUGAACUGAGACAGUCAGGUCUCUUGGCCGACGGGGCUACAGAGCUGCUUUUUGAAGUUGUGGCGUCAGAUGGCCGCUUCGAAAAAAAUAUAAAUGUUUCCUUCGACGUACUGAAGGUUCAGACUGGUGGACCGCCUAUCAACAGCACAACCUGA